AUGACAGCAGCCAUAGAAGCAGAGACGCUCAAGCACUAUCUGGCCGACAGCCCACCCACCGUUGUCCCGCUCGCGAUCAGGCCCCACUUUGAGGCGCUGACGGACAAGGAGAAGCUCUACGCCCAUCACAUCUCACUAGCUUGCUUCGCCGGUACUCGCAUUGUCCUCCGCCAGCUCUCGCCCGAAUCGGAGCCUAUCUAUGACUUCAUUGUUGUCCUGCACAAGCACAGUAACGGCGACUACGACGCGCUCGCAAACGAGACCGGUCUAUCUCAAGAAGAGCUCAAGGCAUAUCUGGACUAUGCCGCACAAUUUCUUGGAAAUCUCGGCAACUACAAAUCAUUUGGUGACUCCAAGUUUGUCCCGCGUUUGGAGCCACGGCAGCUGAAGGCGCUGGCAACUACGUCCAAGGAGGCUCUGGCUUUGUACGAGCAGUUCAAGGACGCAAUAUAUGCGGGUGACGACGUGGCCAAGCUGCAUUUGGGGUACCCGAGCGCAGGACAUGUAUCGACGUACUACCCUGAAUCACCGAGUAUCACCAAAGAGGAGAUUGCUGGCGUGAGCGACUUCCUUGAGAGCAAAGGGCUGCUGCCAGAAAACACUAGGAUCAAGAAGACGGGUGACGGGUUCGAGGUUCUGAUCGCGUCGGCCUUGGAGAAUCCGUCGUCGGAGCAGAGAGACCUCAAGGAUAGCCAGUGGACAUUGGACGAUGGGAAGAAGGUCAGGUUGGCGUUUGGCGACCACUCCAAGGAGAUGGAGACGAUUGCGCACCACAUCGAUCAAGCGAAGAAACACGCUGCAAAUGACAACGAAAUCAAGAUGAUGGAAGAGUACGCAAAGAGCUUUAGGACUGGCUCGCUGGAAGCUUUCAAGGAGAGCCAAAGGGCCUGGAUCAUGGAUAAGGGACCGACAGUCGAGUCGGACAUCGGCUUCAUCGAGACAUAUCGCGACCCGCACGGCAUCCGAGGCGAAUGGGAGGGCUUUGUAGCCAUGGUCAACAAGGAGCGGACGAAAGCGUUCUCUAAGCUUGUUGAGUCUGCUCCACAGUACAUCCCCAAGCUUCCUUGGGGCAAGGAGUUUGAGAAAGACAAGUUUCUGAGCCCGGACUUCACAUCACUGGAGGUGCUCACGUUCGCCGGCAGUGGCAUACCCGCAGGGAUAAACAUCCCCAAUUACGACGACAUUCGACAGAACUUCGGCUUUAAAAACGUCUCUCUCGGCAACGUUCUCUCCGCCAAGGCCCCCAACGAGAAGAUCCCUUUCAUCAAAGACGAGCAACAAGACCUCUACAAGAAGCACGCCGAUCAAGCUUUCGAGGUUCAAGUCGGUCUGCACGAGCUCCUAGGUCAUGGCUGCGGCAAGCUGCUUCAAGAGACCGCCCCUGGUGAGUUCAACUUUGAUCACGAGAACCCGCCCACGUCCCCAGUGACGCACACUCCCAUUCGCACCUGGUACAAGCCAGGCCAGACCUGGGGCUCUGUGUUCGGUACCAUUGCCGCAUCUUAUGAGGAAUGCCGUGCUGAAUGCGUGGCGAUGGCGCUAUCAUGCGAGUUCUCUAUCCUGCAACUCUUCGGGUUCGGCGAUGGCAGCGUGGACAUGAAGUCGAAGGCUGGCGAUGUGCUCUACACGGCUUAUUUGUCCAUGGCACGCGCGGGCAUUGUGGCGCUCGAGUUCUGGGAUCCCAAGUCGCGGAAAUGGGGCCAAGCACACAUGCAAGCGCGCUUCUCCAUCCUGCGCACCUUCCUCAACGCGGGCGUCGAAUUCUGCGAACUCGAGUGGAAGGAAGACGACCUCUCUGAUCUUACCAUCCGCCUGGAGCGUGACCGGAUCCUCGACCUGGGCCGGGCGGCGGUGAAUGAGUACCUGCAGAAACUGCACAUUUUCAAGAGCACGGCGGAUUACAAGCAGGCGAAGAAGCUGUACGACGACAUUACGGACGUGGAGCCGUUUUAUGAGAACCUGGUGCGGCCGGCGGUGCUGAGGAAGAAGGUGGCGAGGAAGGUGUUUGUGCAGGCCAAUACGGUGGAGAAGGACGGCAAGGUGGAGUUGAGGGAGUAUGAGGCGGAUCCCAAGGGGAUGAUUGCGAGUUACGCGGAGAGGGAGUAUAUAUAA